GUGGAACAGAGAAAUACUGGUACUCAAACCACAUAUGACAGAAGAGCAAACUAAGAGGACGUGCUUUGUCUGUGAGUUUCUGUCCGCAUCCCAAACCUCAGCAAGUGAUUUCAUGUUGAACUGGGACAGAAGAGAUACUAGAAAGAAGAAGACAAGAACGAAGCAGGAAUUUCAGCAUGGUUGGAAGUGUGCCCAGCAAAGACAACCAAGCUGUAAACUAAAAGAACUACAGAGUAAAUAAGAACACUUUGGAAGUUUACUUUGAGCGGAAUUGCCAUUGAUCCCAGAAACAAUUCCACUUCCCCUCUUGUUGCCGAAGAAUGCUUCCCAGCAAAAAAUAGAGCACCAGGGAUGUAAGAAGAAAGGGGGAGUGGGGGGAGGAAGACGAGGAGGAAGAGGAGGAGGAAGAGGAGAGACAGAAGGGAGGGCCGUGGUGGGAAACACUCUGUCGUGAUGCCCCUGCUUUUCUUCUCAUGCCCCCUCCACGGACGUACAGUUUGGUGUUGGGACGACACUGAGCUCAAGCAUCGUCCACUAGAGCCCAGAAGAACAAGGUCCCAGCAGAGCUCAUCUGUUCGUCUCUGCAUCACCACCUGACCCGAAGGACAACUCGUUUCAACAGGACAAACCUGCUUUCAGCACACCUUGACUGAGGCAAAACAGCAGUUACUUGACCUUUUCACCUCCUCUGCACCUCCUCUCUGGGCUCCCUCUCUAGUCUCUGUCACAGGUGUGUGUUCGGCCUUUGAGCAGUGAUGGGGGACUGGAGCCUCCUGGGGAAUUUCUUAGAGGAGGUCCAGGAACACUCUACAUCAGUCGGGAAGGUCUGGCUCACCGUGCUCUUCAUCUUCCGGAUCCUGGUUCUGGGUACAGCGGCCGAGUCCUCCUGGGGGGACGAGCAGAGUGACUUCCUCUGCGACACCCAGCAGCCCGGUUGUACCAACGUGUGUUAUGACAGCGCCUUCCCCAUCGCCCACAUCCGCUACUGGGUGCUGCAGAUCGUCUUCGUCUCCACGCCCUCCCUCAUCUACAUGGGUCACGCCAUGCACACGGUGCGCAGGGAGGAGAAGCGACGACGGCGAGAGCAGGAGGAAAGAGAGGAAAGAGGAGAGGGAGGUGGAGACCUGGAGGGGGAGAAGGAGUAUCUCCAACAGAGGGAGAGUGGGAAGGACGUUUUAUCUGAAGUGCCAGGUCGGAUUCGCCUCAAAGGGGCGCUGCUGCAGACGUACAUCCUGAGCAUCAUGAUCCGAACUGUGAUGGAGGUGACGUUCGUUGUGGUGCAGUACCUGAUUUAUGGGGUUUUCCUCAAGGCGUUGUACCUCUGCAAGUCCUGGCCCUGCCCUAACCCUGUCAACUGCUACAUGUCCCGUCCCACCGAGAAGAACGUCUUCAUCGUCUUCAUGCUGGUGGUGGCCGGGGUGUCUCUGUUGCUGUCCGUGUUGGAGCUCUACCACUUGGGCUGGAAGAGCAUUAAGAAGUGUGUACGCAACAAGGUGAUGCAGAGGAACAGCCACAGAGCCGUGACAGUGUCCGUGUCCGCAGCUUUGGAGCCCAACAGUCCACCGCGGCCCUCGAUCUCCUGCACCCCACCUCCAGACUUCAGUCAGUGCCUGGCAGACCGCACCUCCAUGAACCCCAUGACCUCCAUGGCCUCUCACCCCUUCAACAACAGGAUGGCGCUGCAGCAGAACUCGGUCAACCUGGCCACGGAGCGCCAUCACAGCUGCGACAACGUGGAGGAUGACGAAGACUUUCUGAGGAUGAGGUAUGAGCAGGCACCUACAGAGCUGCCCAACAGCUGCUCGCCUUCACCUCUGAUGCACUCCAGCUACAUGAGGGACAAACGGCGCCUGAGCAAGACCAGCGGGACCAGCAGCCGGGCCCGACAAGAUGACCUGGCAGUGUAAGACUCUGGUCUAAGGGGGGACAUGAGAGUCAAAUAAGGGACAGCUCAGUUUAAGAGGACAAAAACCUGAGACUGAACAAGACUUUUUUCUGAAUGAAGGUGUUGAACGUGAGCACAGGUUAACUAUGCAAACUCUGGCUUCGCUGCUGGAGACUUGACUGUUGAGGAUUGACUACUGUAAAUGUCCAAGACAAAAAGAGACUGAGAUCUGUGAAAA